GCUCAGAUGAACGCGUGCGUCGCGGGGAGCGUGUGGUGUACUUUGUGCUCUCGUGUGGGACGCGCCCUUACGUGCGAUGUUUUCGGCGGUGUUUACGCGUGUCAUCUCAUCUGAGUCCUAGUGUGUGUGUGUGGUUGUGACGGCGUGUGGAUAGUGAGUCCCUGCGAUCGCUAUGGAAGCCUUCAAUGACUUGCAGCGCCACUGGGCCAAGCGAUUCCCGCACUCGAAACUUUCGCUGAUAUGGGAAGAGGACCUACGCACCCUGUUGUCGACGCACAGGCAACGCGUCGCUCAACUCCGAGAGGAACUCGAGCAAGAGGAGUUUCUGGUGCAGUACUUCGAGAGGUACCUGUCGGAUGCUGAACGUGUCAAGCGAUCGUCGUCGCGAGACAACACGGGUGACCGAAAAGCCGGCUCCGAAAAUGGCGACAGUUCGCGUAAUAGCAACGGCGUCGUCGGAACUUCGAACGGAUUGCCCGAGGCGGCGGCGGCCGCCCUUACGUCAUCGACGUGCGAAAAAGCGGCAAGCUUGAAGCGCGAGAAAGAUUCCAACAGCGCGGAAGGCCUGGCAGCUUCCGUUAACGGCACUACCGACGAGCACGGAAAGCCGUACGUCACCGUGAUCGCCGUGAGUGGGUUUACGCGCUCGGCCAGCUCCGAGAGAAGCUCCGCGGCUGCUGCGUCCACCGGCCCGACGGCAACCACGCAGGCUGCUGUCGCUGAAACGCAAGAGGUGAGACGUCGAAGGAAGCCUCCGACGCCGCCUCCUAAACGCGCCAAGUGGCCGCCGCCUUCAGCCGUUUCGCAGCUGGCCCAAAACGACGCAGUAGUGGCAUCGGACAGCGCCGAGCCUGUUGCAACGGUCGCGUCGCCGUCAAAUGAUGGACCGAGCCAAAGUGAACCCGCUGUUGCCAAGGCUCAAAACGACGCUACGCCUGCGUUCAGCACUUUCCGACCGGCCAGCACCCAGCUAACUUCGUCCCGACCGCACGGAUACCCGCAACCGCAGCGCGCGGCACCUCCACCGCCCACCGCACCGGUCAUCGAGACGACGGACGACCAAGACGGAUACGACGUCAUCUACGACACCGUGGCCCUGGACGACGAAGCGUGCUCGUCCAAGGAAGAGGAGGACCAAGGUUCGAGUCCCGAGCCGGAUUACGUGGAGUUCGGCAAGCUGGAGACCACAAGGCCUCGCGCCGCGAGGUCCGACGACACCGGCAGUGCGCCCAGUCCUGUCGUGCCGUCGCCAGCGACGUACGAGAACAUGGCGCUGCUCGUGAAGGCCUCGGAGUCGAUGGACUCCGAGGAGGACGACGCGGCGUCCAUGCUUCGCUCCAUGUCGAGCGACGCCGAGCUGGACCAGGACGCGGGCACCGCGACCACUGGCAGCGACCACAGCGGCAGCGGCGGUCGCAGCGCCGACCUGCACCGGUGCAAGACCGAGGAGCAGCUCGACGUCGACUCCGGUGUGUACAGCAGCUCCGUGGAGUCCGCAUCCUUCCUCAGUACAGGCACACCACCGGCAAGGAAGAAGGGCUCCAGGGAUAGCGAGCAGGAUGAGUCGGCCCAGGAGGCAUCCCCAUCAGAGGCGGAGAUGCUGACGAUGUGCAAGUGCAUCGUGAGCAGCAUCAUAGAAAGCGAGACAGCGUACGUGGACUGCCUUGACACCCUGAAUCAGUAUGCUCGUGCACUGACGAGUGCCAUUGGGACCAACCAGUCGGUGCUGUCCAAGGAGGAGAUCGACACCAUCUUCUUCAAGAUUGAGCAGCUGCACGAGACACACAAGAACUUCCGGGACGGCUUGCGCAGAAACUGCGAGAAUUGGGACGCGAAGCCGACAAUUGGAGAGAACUUCAAGUUCCUGGCGAGUCGGCUCGAAGUCUACAAGCUCUUCUUGGAGAACUAUUCCAAGGCCAUCGAGACUGUACGGCACUGUAACGCAUCGAACAUGAAGUUUGAGGAGCUGUUCAAGACUAUAAAGUUAAACACGUCAAAGGGACAGCCAGCCACGCUAGAAGAUUUGCUCCACAAGCCAGUGGCAAGGGUGCAGAAAAAUGCCUUGGUUCUUCAUGACCUCCUUCACUACAUACCUAGCAGCCAUCAUGAUUACAACAACCUCAGGGCAGCGCUGAAGCUCACACAGCGGUUCCUGAACGAACUCAAGCUCAACUCACCAGAAAGCAUGUUCCCACAUCAAGACAGGGCUCCUAGGCAUGUCGUGAAAAACAGCUUCAUCGUGGAAUACUCCGAGGGACACCGGAAGCUCAGGCACCUUUUCCUCUUCAAUGACGUCAUUGUGUGCGCCAAGUACAAACCUUCCAGUAGGCAAAAGUUUACAUUUGAAGUCAAGUGGUACAUCCCACUCAGCCUUGUUACCCUCAUUGAUGCCACUGGAGAAAUGGAGCCCAUCAGGGAAGAUAACAAGGUCAAUGUGUGCCAACUGCGGUCACGAACAAGCACGUUGAGGGAUGCUGUCGCAAAAGAAGAAAGAGAGAAUGCUAGGCUUGGAAAGCCACCGGGUCGCAACCUGGAACGAAAUCGAAAGAAGCUUAGUGAACUGGAGGCACAGUUGGUUCUGCACUCUCCAAACCUGCCAUUUAAGAUUGGCUUCAAGAACACCAAAACGUACAACUUUUUCCUCUCGUCAGAGUUUGAGAGAUCCCAGUGGAUCGAGGCCAUCAACCACCUGCACAUGACAGCACCGCAGGUUGUCACAACACCCAGCAUCCUCGAACUGCAGAGCUGCAUUACGUCAGCAAGAGGGUGCAUGGGAACCAACAUGGGAUCUUUCCUGACAAGAACAGCCAAAGAUGAGGACCUGCUGUUUGGAGACCUUCUCGUCACUGUCCACAACUUGCAGGGACUCACAACACCUUCAGACAUUUACAUUUGCUUUGAAGUAGACUCCUACGGGCUUUUCAAGAAGGCCAAAACGAAAAUAUGCCAGAACACGAUGGAACCAAACUUUAACCAGGAAGUUGUUAUCGACCUGGACGGGUCACAAACACUCCGGAUCCUUUGCUACGAGGAGCAAAUAAAGAAUGGCACGACGAUCACGGAGCUGCGGGGAAAGGCUGCCUUUGAGAUGAGUCGUUCCUGGCUCACGGACAAGUACCAGGAGAAGUCCUUCAGCCUACAGGAUUUCACACUCAACCUCAGCAUAAAGUACAACUCUUCGGAUGUUGGACUUCAGAGGGUUCCGUCGUGUAAACCCGUUGGAUCUUUUGGAGUUAAGGUGCAACAGGUUUGCAAGAAGGAAAAGAGUGCAGUGCCGUUCGUGAUCACAACAUGUGUCCGGGAGGUUGAGCGUCGAGGUAUCAACGAGGUGGGGCUCUACAGGGUGUCUGGCUCUGCAUCAGACCUCCAGAGGUUGAAGAGGACGUUUGAGAAUGAUCCCUAUGAAGCCGAGCAACUGCUCAAGGAGGUCGACAUCAACAACGUCACAGGCUUAUUGAAGCUAUACCUGCGUGAGCUUCCCGAGGCCCUCUUCACCGACGCUCUCUAUCCAAAGUUCUUUGAAGCAUUUAGUAAACAUGACCAAGAGGAAAAGAAAAACAUGCUCCUGAGCCUUUUUAGCAAGCUUCCGGAAGUAAACCAAAAUGUCACUGUGUUCCUGAUUGAUCACAUGGUCAAGAUCAACUCCAACGAAGCACAGAACAAGAUGUCCCUUCACAACCUGGCAACCGUGUUUGGGCCGUCCAUAAUCCGUCCCUGCAACGGUGCAGUGGGCCAGAGCCCCAGCGACCUCCUCACCACCAGCACCGUUGACGUCAUGGCACAGGCUGGUAUCCUCUACUUCUUCCUGCGGCGGAGGGCAGCGGGCCUCUCUCUCACCCUCGAGAGCCGAGAAGCGUCUCCCACCGAAGCGUGAACAAGACUCGUAGUGUGUGUGCACUGUGUCUUUAGCGUUCUCUAGACACGCAAGAACUGCGAAAAAGUCCGUUUGACGACAAACUGCAGCUACGACCGCGCCCACGUCGACAAGGAGACGUCGAGGAAAGAAAAAAGAGCCGUAAAUCCAGUUACGGUUUCUCCCCGACGGUCAUGAGAAUGACGCCCACUGCAAAGCUGUCACUUUAAAAUUUCAUUUUGUGUGUGUGUCUGUACAUGUACAUGUGAGGCUUUGUAUUCUUUAUACAUAGUGGACAUUUGACAGUGGAUAUUUGGUGACCUACGCGCUCAACCGAGAGCGCGUGGUCACCACGCGCUCCUCUCGUUGGAACGAAUGCAACCUUUUGACGAUGCGCGCACCUUUCGUGACGCGGGAAAGUAAAGCGCUGCGCAUUUAAGCUGCUUCGCAGCCUGCCGCAGUGUUACCCCAUGGAGCCAGGCCGAUGUUUUAUUGAUGCCUUUAAGGGAAAACAAGCUGCCCUUUUUUUGUCUAAAGAUCCACAGCAAACAGUAUGUCUUCGGUUGACUUCAUGGUGCAGGAUUACCAGCCAGCAAACAAUGCAGUUUCUGCUGAUCUCCUACACUUUGUGCACUAUGCACUCGCUGCAAUAUCUUUUCUACAGCGCUGACUCUUACUGACAUAGCCUCUAUCUGGUGACCUGUGUUUUUACUGUGUCGUGGUGUUUCUUUUAUUUUGUGUGCAUGUCGUCGCUAUGUGACCCCCUAGUGCCAUGCACUCCAGCCGCGUCAAGUAGCAGCAGCUCUUGACCAUCAAUGGUUCAAGGGCUUGCCGUGCGUGCAGCACAUGUACACACAUCCUUACAGUCUUUGCCAAAAAGAAAACCUCAAGCCACUGCUUUGGUGACUAAAUAUGUUGUUGGGCCCCAUUAUAGGGUGGUGUGCUGUAGCUCACCGGAAUCAGGUACACCAUUACUGUCAAUGUUUGCUAUGCUUAUUCAACCAAAGCUCAACAGAAGUGCCAGUUCGCAGCCUGACUACUGGUACAUUACCGUGCAUGGUGGCUCUGAAACUGUUGACAAAGACACUACCUCUUCUGACCCUGUAGCGAUGACUGCCGUACAACUAAAGUAAGAAGUUACUGUAUUUUCGUCAGUCGUCAAGUAAUGACCAUCCAGGCAUCCGCAGUGCGCAGUUUGGGGCCGCAUCAUGAUAACAUGUGCCCCCCAUCCCCUCUAUUGUUUUUGCUUAAGUGUGCUCAUUUUACUGCUGUAACAAAACAUGUUACUGUGUGGCUAAGCCAGCUUUGCGGUGUGUUUAUCUAACUAGUCUACAAUUGCUGUCACCUUCAAGUCUCUGUGGGCUAUUCGCUCUUACCUCUAUUUCAUGUACCUAACAUCCAGACCCACUCGUGUCAUUCACGUCAUUUUUAAGCCAGAGCUGUUGUGAUUUUUGUCAGUGGAAGUGCAUUUCUCCGUCACCUCGUUAGGUCUAUUGCGUUACUAUCAUGUUGCUGUUUUUAUUGUUUGCUCAUUUCUUCUGUGUGUUUCAAAUAGGUUGUCAGUAUUUGUGGACCAUAUGCCUUUUUUUUUGUUAGAUUUCUCUACAUGACAAUUUGUAUUUUAUGACCCUGCAACUUAUACUGCUUUCUGUACUGCCCUUUCUUGUCAUAAGGCUUUUCACUUCCUUUCGAGGAUUAGGUGUUCUUGCGGAAGUGUUGAAAGCUUGUUUCUUCAUUGGUCCCUGCUUUCUUUAGCUCUCUGUUGCUCAGCGUGUGAUCACGGCAAAUGGGUGUUGAAUUUCGGUAGUAGGCUAUGCAUGUCACGAAAUUCCCUAGAUCCUUGAAUAGACCAGCUCUCUUGCGUACAUUAACACACGCGGUUUCUCACACUUACAUUCGUGCAAGCACCAACAGCUGUCAAACGACUGACCAAAUGUGGCUUGUGAACUCUUCUGCUCACUUUAAAACAGCGCCAAAUUUACCACUUUUCUCUCUUUUAAAUCAAUGUUCCAAGGACUACUGCCAACUUUAGGUAACUAGAUAAUGGUGUAUUAUUGCUCAGGCCAGGAGUGUUUCUUCGUACAAGAGGUCUUAUGUGAAGAAAGUAAUUUCCGAUGACUAUGCGGUGUAGCUGAAUCAUAUGACUCUUCAGAGCGGGAUGUUUAGCAACGCGACGCCACACUCCAGCAUACAUUAUAACAAAUACUAUAAUGAUGCGCCGUUGUAUUUUUAAUGACGAACAGUAUUCACGCAGAUUUUACAUAUUCAGUGGCUGUUUUUUAUUUUGCUUCUAUUUUUUAGUUUCACAUCUACUGCCAAAUACCACCUUGACUAGAGUAUGAUGGUGUGCUGUUUAUUAUCUUCUUCGACAUUUAAUUACGCUGCUAUCCAAUUGAAUCAUUGUAUGCAUGACAGCACUAACUGCUAUGUCGCGUGUGUGCCCUUUUUGCUGUUUGUAAAUAACCGGUAUAGACAGUUUUUUUACACGAACGCAUUGUACAUUCGCGUGUCUGACUUGCCCCGCGAAGUCUCGGGCAUGGUACCUUGUAUAUUUUUUUCUUUUGUUCUUGUAGUAGAUUUUGUGCAGAUAGCAUGCUUGUGUAUGUUCUUUUUUUACGCUGGUGUCAUGAAAGCAGCGAUUGCUAUGACCCGCUUACAAAUGCGAACUUGUUAUGUUUGGAUGUACUGUUUGUCUUAGUUUAGCAUGACUUCCAGCAGGCACUCUUGUAUCAUAGUGCUCAGAAUGCGAGUUUCCUUUUCAACACCCAACUUUGGAAAUGUUUAUAUAUUGCCGUUCUCAAGUGCUUCUGUCAUGGAGACUACAUAAACGCCAACAGACUGCUAACAUAACAGACUUGGACAGUCGCGUCUUCUUCAUUCCCUAAGCAAAGGCAGUGUUACGCAGGCCCUCAACAUUCGUACACGGGAUUGAAGUGUGUUGUAUCAUGCUUUAAAUCUACUGCCAGAUGUCUAAGCUGGAAUGCUGCUUAUGAUAACUGCCAUUUAAUAUAAUGUUUAUUGCACUUCACGUUGAUGAGCAAUUUAGAGUUAGAAACAAAUUAGCAAUUUAGAGUUAGAACCAAGGCAUGGAAGUACUCCAUUUGAGUAUGGACCUGUCUGUUGGGCUCAGUACGAUGUAUUGUGAAGGGCUUUUAGGCAAAACAUUUUUUUUCUUUAGGUCUUUUCUUCUGCAAGACCUACAGAAUUAAGUUGGAACAAGCAUCCUUUUUUCAUUUCAAAGCAAAAUGGGAUGUCAUUUCUGUACUGAGAAACAUAGCUGCUCAUGUGCCUUGCCUUUAAGAAUCAAGCGUGAGUAGUUAUCAUGUGCUAUACUUCCACAUCGUAGGCACUGUUUUCGUUGCACGAUAUAGCCUCAUUCUCGCAAUUAUGCUCAAGGUUGUGCCUUGACUGCCUUCGCAUUGUAAAAAAUUUUUGGAGAUACACGUGCCUAAUUUUAUGCAUUAGUGUCGAAACUUACGGGAAAGCGAGGUGUCCCUUCUCAUAAGUUAUUACGAACAUAAUGAUACAGUGCAAGGACACGUGGCGAAAUGCAUGGGAUAAACGAAUCACUGCGAGCAUGCAGCUUUUAUACUGUGCAGCGCACGUCGCGAAGAUGUACCAUCAAAACAGUUACACUUUUUACAAGAGUGAAAUCACAACAAAUGACAAAAGCGUGGUGUGAGCAUGUGCAUGUGGUCACAGUCUUUGAGAAACAGUGAUCUGAUAAAUUGGACAGAAAAACUGGAAAGAGUGUAUCAUGAGAAAAGUUUUUAGGAUAUCAUCUUUCAGCUGAAUUUCAGAAAUCGCAUCUUAACAGCUGUUUUGCACUGAGCACAUACGGCGUAAUAAAAAAGUGUGUCAUCAAAUUAAAUGAAUGCUAAUAACCUGCUGAGGGUGAUCACUCCUUCCCAGGCGAUUCGCAAGUGAACGAGGAGCAUGCUUUUUGGUAAAUUUUAAGAACAAUGGAAGUUCACACCUGUUUGCAGUGGGAGUGAUCUGCUGCUAUAAACUCCUAAGUGAUGCUUGAUUAUUCCUCCUUUUUUUUCACCUUAUGUUCUGUCUGCACUGCGGCUACAGUUUAGCACAUGUCUUGCCAACUCUUCCAUGACUAUACGUUGCUGCACUCUGGUGUCCUUCUACAAUUAGAACCAAGUCGAUUCCUUGUAUUUCACUCCUCUGUUUUGCCUUGAGCUUCUUUUUUUUUAGGUGGAGCAGUAGGGUGACAGGUUCAUUAAGGAACUCUUCGUACAGAUGUCCAUGAUUGCAUUGUGGGACAAUUAGGCCAUAAUUGGAGGUUACAUGCGCUCGUGUGCAUCACCAUAUCUCAAGCACAAUGCAGAGCUUUUUUGCUUGCUCAUGUUGUGUGAGAGAACAUUUCAUAAGUGCCUCAUGAUUAUGCCUCAUGCAAGCACUUUGAAGUAUACUUUGCAGGGGACCACGCUACAGCUUCAUGCUCACUGCAUUAAAAGUCGGAUCAUCAUAUUUUAGGUUUUAUUUUAGGUUUUAUUUGAACAUCACUACGUCAUUUUGUAGCUGUUAGGGACCAGAGUGCAAUUUUUGAACUGAACUUUGCCGAAUGUGUUUUCUAUAAAAACGUUUACAACAUUGCCAUUGCAAGCCCAAAAAAGUACAUUUUACAAUGUAAUUUUGUACUAAGGGAUAAUAUUAUUUUUUUUGUCGGGAGGUAUUCUAGCUUAGAAGGAAAAGAGUGUUUCAGGAAUACUUCUUUCAUUGAAUAGUAGUAGCAACUUAUAAGUGUGUGACUACGGCUUACAAUACAACGGUAAUUAUGUUGUAAAGCAUCUUGUCUGCGAGAUUUUCAGUAUUCCAAGCCUUGUGCGUGUCAUGCCAUCAUCUAUUGCUAGGUCUUGACGUAGUUGUCGAACAGGAAAAGCCGACUCAAAUCGGACGCAGUUGGGGGGAGGGUUUUGGUUAUUUUUUACUUUACAUUGACCUUACUGCGAGUUACACUAGCGACACCUCUUGUCUGCAUCAGAGAUGUGGCAGCUUUGUGUGCAUGUGCUUUGGUUUGACUUUUUUUUCUCUUUGUCAUAGAGGUUGCCACAUGAUGUAACCACGUCUUGAAACGGAGAAGUGUCGUGCUGUAGUGAUCGUUUGUAAAUAGUUAUGACUGUGAAGCACGGUGUGUACAUGAUGUGGUGACGGGAGUUUUUUUGUACAUAUAUUCUUUAAUAAAGCCCAUGGACUGUU